AUGUCAGGACCUCUUUGCUCCUUAUGUAAAAGAUAUGGAGAACCAGCUCUUAGAUAUGCUCGUUCUGGUGCAUCAAUUCAGCAAGUAUACAAUGUUGCAGCUUCAAAGUGCAAUAACUUAGGUUAUCUUUCAGGAAAAUGCAGAGAAAUUGUUAACAGAAACAUAAAUCGCCUGUAUUAUCAAGCAAAGGUUUAUCCAUGGUGUGAUGCAAAUUGUUUCUGUUCACAGGAAGGGUAUUGCUGA